AUGUUCACUUACCCUUCGGGCGGCGGCGACGUCGCGGUGCACGUCUACGGCAGCGACUUUGCCGCCGCCGCGGGCCUGGCGGACUACGUGGCGGCGGCAGCCGCGGCCGCGGUGGCGCAGCGCGGCGCCUUCACCCUGGCGCUCUCGGGAGGCUCGAUGGUGAAGAGCCUGGCGGGGCUUGUGGGGCGGGAGGAUGUCGACUUCUCCAAGUGGGUGCUGUACGUGGACGAGCGCAACGUGCCGCUGUCCAGCCCAGACUCCAACCACGCCGCCGCGCACGCCCAGCUGCUGCGCAAGGUGCCGGUGCCGGCCAGCCAGGUGCUGACGCUCAAGGAGGGGCUGCCCGUGGCGCAGGCCGCGGUGCACUAUGAGGGCCAGCUGCUGGAGCUGAGCGGCUCGGUGCUGCCCCGCAACGCCGCGGGAUUCCCGGAGAUUGACUGCGUGCUGCUGGGGGUGGGCCCAGACGGACAUGUCGCCUCGCUGUUCCCCAACCGCCGGGAGACGGCUGCCACGGAGGGCUGGGUGCUGCCCGUCAGCAACUCGCCCAAGCCGCCCCCGGAGCGCAUCACUCUCUCCAUGCCGGUGCUGAACGCCGGCAAGAACGUGGCGGUGGUGGCGCUGGGGCAGGGCAAGGCGGAGGUGGUGCAGCGGGCCCUGGAGGUGCAGACGCUACCCGGCGCGCUGCCGGUGCAGCUGGUGCAGCCAACCAGCGGCAAGCUGACGUGGGUGCUGGACGAGGCGUCUGCCAGCUCGCUGGCCGUGGCCGACUGGGCUGCGGGCAGCAAGAAGUUCCCGCGCUCAGAGAACCCGCCCAAGCCCAGCGCCUGAGGCGGCUGGACCAGCUGCCAGCCACAGUUUUACAGAGCCACACACCUGUCUGGCAACAGACCCAGACAGUGUCCUGUCUGGCCUCGGCAUAACAAACGACCUACCACUACAGUCAGUCCCUCCUUCCUGCCUCGCUCCAGACCCUGCGGCUGCCGUGCUCGCAGCGAGCGGCAGCCCGAGCCAGGUGGCAGCCUGGCCGCCAUUGUUGCUGCUAGUAUCGUGCUGCAGCUGGCCUGCGUGCAGCUCUGUUCGCCAAGCCACCUUUUUAAAAGCACUUUGGGCUACAUCGCCCCGUUUUCCUUUACCAGGUCGGUUGCUCUCUCUCGUUGUUUGCCCGCUGUCUGCACUUUACACCCUUUGAUUUGGCCGUCAGUCAAUAGCGUGUGGCACGCGAUCAACCGUCAGAGAACCAGCGUGUUCAUGCUGUAACAAAUUCCAGUGA